UCAUGCAGGCUUUGGAGGGGCUGUCUGCUGAGCGGCACCCCGCGCCUGCAGGGCGUCUGCAGGGCUGCACGUUUCCUCAUUCCUGAGCGGCACCUACACACAGCUCUGCUGUGGGCCCCGCACUAUUUAAGUUAAAGCCCGCGCACGGAGCCGUCCGAGUCACAGCCGGGAGGACAGAUCCGCACCCCAGCACCCCGGCCUUGCUGCGGAAGGGACCCUCCCUUGGCCAUGGCUUCUUUGGGACAGAUCAUCUUCUGGAGCGUUAUUAGCAUCAUCUUUAUUCUGGCUGGAGCAAUUGCCCUCAUCAUCGGGUUUGGUAUUUCAGGAAGACACUCCAUCUCAGUCACUACUCUCACCUCAGCUGGGAACAUCGGGGAGGAUGGAACCCUGAGCUGCACUUUUGAACCUGACAUCAAACUUUCUGAUAUCGUGAUACAGUGGCUGAAGGAAGGUGUUCUGGGCCUGGUCCAUGAGUUCAAAGAAGGCAAAGAUGACCUGUCAGACCAGGAUGAAAUGUUCCGGGGCCGGACAGCAGUGUUUGCUGACCAGGUAGUAGUAGGCAAUGCCUCUCUGAGGCUGAAAAACGUGCAACUCACAGAUGCUGGCACCUAUAAAUGUCACAUCAUCACCUCUAAAGGCAAGGGGAAUGCCAACCUAGAGUAUAGAACUGGAGCCUUCAGCAUCCCAGAGGUGAACGUGGACUACAAUGCCAGCUCCGAGAGCUUGCGCUGCGAGGCCCCCCGCUGGUUCCCCCAGCCCACCGUGGUCUGGGCGUCUCAAGUGGACCAGGGCGCCAACUUCUCAGAAGUCUCCAACACUAGCUUCGAACUGAACUCCGAGAACGUGACCAUGAAGGUGGUGUCGGUGCUGUACAACGUCACCAUCAACAACACCUACUCCUGCAUGAUUGAGAACGACAUUGCCAAAGCCACCGGAGAUAUCAAAGUGACAGAGUCUGAGAUUAAAAGGCGUAGCCACCUACAGCUGCUGAACUCAAAGGCCCCCCGGCAUGCCCCUUCUUUUCUUGCCACCGCCUGGGCGCUCCUGCCUCUGUGCCUGUACCUGACGCCAAAGUAACACGCGGCGGCCACACAGCAACACGCUGGGUCAGCGGCGGGACAGAAUCCCAGGAAUCUACGGAACUAUCGCGCCACAACAGCUGACGUACUUUGAUAUUUCUGGGGGCCAGUGACUUCAUUCUAGGAGUCUGGAGUAAACAAAUAAGAUCAAGAUGCUCCAGGACGCCAACAGCAGCCCACAGAAGACUCCAGAAUGAACAAGACACAUCUAUCUCCAGAGACAUAUAUUAAGCGCCGGCUGAAAGGAUACACUUAAACUGCAGGACUGUGUCAAGACCGCCGAGUAAAAUGACGCCCAGACACAAGUGUGUCCCCUAUCUCAGGGACUCCCCCCCACCCCGGCCCACCAGGAGUAAGCAGGUGGGACAGCACCUCUCCCUUGCCACCAAAUGCUUAGUUUAUUGCUGUUAUGAUGCUUUCAGGAAGUUCCCAGGUUUUUAUUGUGAUAUAUCCAUAUUUUUAAAACCACAAAUUAAACUGUACAGGAUGCUGCAAGAAUCUGUUGAUGAGCUGUCAUUUCACACCCAGAGAUGGCUCUAUGUUAGUGACGGGUAAAGUGGUUCGCUUUUCCUGAUGAAGCUUCCGGAAGGGCCUUGGCCUCUUCCCCACCUGACAAAUGCUAAAGAGAUGUGAAAAAUCAUCAUGACUUCCACUUAAAAAACGUGGUUAGAUGAUACUGAUGUUCCAGAUUAUGGGAGCACUUUCCAUGUAAAACAAACAAGUGUCACCUGACUUCUCAGGCGACAUCCAUCCUCAGAGGGAGUCAGGAGGGCUCAGAUGGCAUCGUGGCAUCACAGUGUGAGGCCUCCGCCAGAGCAGUGGGACUCAGCCCCUGGACGUUGCGCCCCCCCCACCCCGGGGUGGAAAUGUCUGGAGGCAUUUUAGUUGCUACCACUCUGGGGCAUCUGGUGGCUGGAACCCCGCUCAACACACUGUCCAGACACUCCCCCAGCAAAGAAUCACGUCGAAGGUUAGUCCAAUCCGCUGCGUUCAGUUAAGAAAAGCUGGUUUAGAGCAGAAAGGGACCCAGACAGGGUGAGCAGGGGCAAACAAACUUUGUUCCCUAAAAGCCGCACUAGCCUGGCUCCUCACAGCUGCACAGCACAGGAAACCAAAUGCCAUUUGGGGCAACCAGGAGCUUGGUGGAUUUCCGGCCGCUGGCUGGCUCGGUGGUGCUUCCCCUCGGCUGGACCCUGCAGCUUCUGUAGACCUGCCCGGGUUCUGUGUCCAGUUCUCUCGCCCUAAAUGUAGGGCCCGGCCAGGGUCUCCUUGUGGCCCUCCCCCUCCAAAAUUCAGAGAAAGGCAACAAAGACCUGCACUUCCUUGGGCACAGAGGCCCCGAGGCCGAGGCAGCGGCCGAGGCCAGCCUGGGGGGCUUUGCUGUGGGCAGUGCCAGUGCUGCUGCCAGCCCCUGCCCGGUUCCCCCACCCACCGCGACACGGUCAGAGGAGACGUGACUGCAGAGAUCUCAGUGUCGAAGAGGGCAGUUAAAUCCCCGUCUCCUAGGCUGCCAUCUGCCCGGUUGGCAAAGCAAGUGUGAGGGGCGGUGGGUUACAUUCAGAGGCCAGGCCCUGAUGCCACUCGGCCUCCGACAGGCUUCGGCAACUGUUUUGUCCAACGAAUGCGGGCGGUGGACACCUGUGAGGCUGGCUGGGA